AAUUAGCCGCUGAAAUCAAUUUGUUGAAGACGAAGAAGGAAGAAGAAAGAUGAAUGCUCCAGAUCGUUACGAACGAUUCGUUGUUCCAGAAGGCGUUAAGAAGGUUUCGUAUGAGAGGGAUACGAAGAUCAUGAAUGCAGCUACAUUUACUGUUGAAAGAGAGGACCAUACAAUCGGGAACAUUGUUCGCAUGCAACUACAUAGGGAUGAUAAUGUUCUGUUUGCUGGGUACAAGUUGCCUCAUCCUCUUCAGUACAAAAUCCUGCUUCGGAUCCAAACAACAAGCCAGUCCUCACCUAUGCAGGCAUAUAACCAGGCUAUUAAUGAUCUUGACAAGGAACUUGAUCAUCUGAAGAGUCAGUUCGAGGGUGAGUUGGCCAAACACACGAGGGACUACUAAUCCUUCGACAAUGAUAUUUAGUAUUCAACAACGAUGCCUCAAAACAGUUUCCUAGUUCGAUGUAGCCUGUAUGUAACUCUUGUUGGUCUGUAUGUAUGAUGUUCAACUAGCAGCUACAGUUAGGCUCGGGCAAUAGCCCUGUGCCCGGGCUUCGUUUUAAAGUUGGUACUUUGAGGUCUGCUUUAUAUGCCUCAAGUUUAGGUUCUGAAAUUGUUAAUUUGGCAUGCUUUUCAUAUCCAUUUGGUUUUCACUUUUCAA